CAAUGUCUACUCGUUACAGCUCGAGCAGGCAAUUCUCUUCCUCCCGAAGUGGAGGUGGAGGUGGAGGAGGAUCAUGCAGAAUUUCAAGCAGCAAAGGCUCCCUCGGUGGAGGAUUUAGCUCCGGAGGGUGUGGUGGAGGUUCCUUUAGCCGUGGGAGCUCGAGUGGAGGCUGCUUUGGGGGUGGCUCAUCUGGUAGCUUUGGUGGAGGAAUGGGAGGUUUGGGCGGAGGCAGCUUUGGUGGAGUUUAUGGAGCCAGCAGCUGUGGUGGCAGCUUUGGUGGAAGCUUUGGAGGGGGCAGCUUUGGAGGGGGUGGCUACGGAGGGGGCGGCUAUGGAGGGGGCAGCUUUGGAGGGGGCAGCUUUGGAGGGGGCAGCUUUGGUGGGGGCAGCUUCGGUGGGGGCAGCUUCGGUGGUGGCGGAGAUGGUGGCCUUCUCUCUGGAAAUGAAAAAGUAACCAUGCAGAAUCUGAAUGACCGUCUGGCUACCUACUUGGAUAAAGUUCGGGCUCUGGAAGAAUCAAACUUUGAGCUAGAGGGCAAAAUCAAGGAAUGGUAUGAAAAGCAUGGCAACUCAAGCCAGCGGGAACCUCGUGACUACAGCAAAUACUACCAAACCAUCGAAGAUCUUAAAAAUCAGAUCCUCAGCCUAACAACCGACAAUGCUAAUGUCCUGCUUCAGAUCGACAACGCCAGGCUGGCAGCUGAUGACUUCAGGCUGAAGUAUGAGAAUGAGGUGGCCCUGCGCCAGAGCGUGGAUGCCGACAUCAACGGCCUGCGCCGAGUUCUGGACGAGCUGACCCUGACCAAAGCUGACCUGGAAAUGCAGAUUGAGAGCCUGACUGAAGAGCUGGCCUACCUGAAGAAGAACCAUGAAGAGGAAAUGAAAGACCUUCAGAACGUGUCCACUGGUGAUGUGAAUGUGGAAAUGAAUGCUGCCCCAGGUGUGGACCUGACUCAGCUUCUGAACAACAUGAGAAGCCAGUAUGAGCAACUUGCUGAGCAAAACCGCAAGGAUGCCGAGGCUUGGUUCAAUGAAAAGAGCAAGGAACUGACUACAGAAAUCGACAGUAACAUUGAACAAGUGUCAAGCCAUAAAUCUGAGAUCACUGAAUUGAGACGCACAGUUCAAGGCCUGGAAAUCGAACUACAGUCCCAGAUGGCCCUGAAACAAUCCCUGGAAUCCUCCCUGGCAGAAACCGAAGGUCGCUACUGUAUGCAGCUCUCCCAGAUUCAGGGCCAGAUCUCCUCUCUGGAGGAGCAACUGCAACAGAUCCGUGCUGAAACCGAGUGCCAGAAUGCCGAGUACCAACAGCUCCUGGACAUUAAGAUCAGACUGGAGAAUGAAAUUCAAACCUACCGCAGCCUGCUAGAUGGAGAGGGAGGCACUGGAGGCGGCUCCCACGGAGGCGGGCGCGGCGGCGGCAGUUCCGGCGGCUAUGGCGGAAGUUCCGGCGGCGGAAGUUCCGGCGGCUAUGGCGGCGGGUCCGGCGGCGGAAGUUCCGGCGGCUAUGGCGGCGGGUCCGGCGGCGGUGGUUCCGGCGGCGGCUACGGUGGCGGCAGUUCCGGUGGCGGCAGUUCCGGCGGCGGCGGUUCCAGCGGUGGCUACGGCGGCAGCAGUUCCGGCGGCCUCAGGUCGUCCUCUUCCGGGUCUGCCGGAGAGAGCUCAAAGGGACCCAGGUCAGCAGAAACUAACUGGGAUACUGACAAAACCAGAGUAAUCAAGACGAUUAUUGAAGAGGUGGCACCUGAUGGUAGAGUCCUUUCAUCUGUGGUUGAGUCAGAAACCAGGAAACACUUCUAUUAAACCGCAACAAGUGGAAAGAGUCUCCCUUCUGCAAAGGCCAUUCAGUACAGAAAUGCAGGAGGAAAAUCUCCAGGGAUGCACUUCAGCCUUAAUGGUCUAAGGAAAUAGGUUCACUCCUCGAAAAUAAUUGCUCUAAAGGUGUUUUGUGGUUUCUGUAUUUCUUCUUUUCACUUUACCAGAAUGUGUACUUUAAUGGAAAAAAAAAACUUUCUGUUCUCAUUUACUAAUGAAUUUCAAUAAACUUUCUUACU